CACCGCGGACUACGGCUCUAAUAAGAAUCACGUGCAUAAUUUGUAUAGGGAACCUAAGUCUGUUUCAGCUCAGAGUUAGGAGUUAACAUCAGCUCAGAAUGAAUUCAAAGUGUGUUCUACUUCUUUUGCUUAUAGGCGUUGUGGCCCUUACUUAUGUUAAGUGCUCACCCAAUUGUAAAAAAGGAGGGAAGAAAAACAACUCGGGCCCAGAUCGCAACAUUCUGAACGUGAAGAAGAAGAACUCAACAAAGGAUGAUGACGACAACAGUUCUGGAUCCAGCGAGGAGCAGGACAAAGAUAAAGGAAAAGGAAAACACGGUAAAGAAGAAGGCAAUAAAGAAAGACGCAAGAGAUCAUUCGGAUCUGUCUCAAUUAGCCGUAACGUUCCGAAUCCUUCACUGGCACCAGCUGUGACCACAGAGGUCAGUCGUGAGGUCAACAUGACCUGGGACAGUGAAGUGACCAACGCUACAGAAACUCAAGGGCAUGACGUCACUGUUACUGGGGACAAGACGGGGGGAAAUGACACGAACGUCAGCAGACAAAAGCGUUCAGCGGGAUCAAUUUCUCGCACCCGUGGACUUCCAAAACCUUCACUGGCACCAGCUGUGACCACAGAGGUCAGUCGUGAGGUCAACAUGACCUGGGACAGUGAAGUGACCAAAGAUGAAAAAAAGCAAGUGGGCGAGGUAACUCUUGUAGAGGGCAGAACGGAAGGAAACGACACGAACGUCAGCAGACAAAAGCGUUCAGCGGGAUCCACUUCCCACGCCCGUGGACUUCCAAAACAUUCUCUGGCACCAGCUGUGACCACAGAGGUCAGUCGUGAGGUCAACAUGACCUGGGACAGUGAAGUGACCAACGCUACAGAAACUCAAGGGGAUGACGUCACUGUUACUGGGGACAAGUCGGGGGGAAAUGACACGAACGUCAGCAGACAAAAGCGAUCAGCGGGAUCCACAUCCCACGCCCGUGGACUUCCAAGACAUUCUCUGGCACCAGCUGUGACCACAGAGGUCAGUCGUGAGGUCAACAUGACCUGGGACAGUGAAGUGACCAACGCUACAGAAACUCAAGGGGAUGACGUCACUGUUACUGGGGACAAGACGGGGGGAAAUGACACGAGCGUCAGCAGACAAAAGCGUUCAGCUGGAUCAACAUCCCACGCCCGUGGACUUCCAAAACAUUCUCUGGCACCAGCUGUGACCACAGAGGUCAGUCGUGAGGUCAACAUGACCUGGGACAGUGAAGUGACCAACGCUACAGAAACUCAAGGGAAUGACGUCACUGUUACUGGGGACAAGACUGGGGGAAAUGACACGAACGUCAGCAGACAAAAGCGACAAACGGAGAAGAAGGAACCUACGCUAGAGGACGCGAUUAAAGGAGUUGUCAAUGAGGUUAAGACUGGUUUUGAGAAUAUGGUGAACAGCUUUACUGGUGGUAAAAAAUCAAACAAGAACUAAAGAAAUACAGUGAACUGGCCGUGUGAAGAUGUCAAGCCUUUCGUCGUCAAAAACAAUUUUUUUUUGUAAGAUGUGGAGAAAAUGAAGAUCUAAUUUUAUUCUUAAUUCCUACUGAUUCGAUUUGUUUCAAAAUUAAUUUCUCGUUGUUUCCAAUUUAUUUGAGAAUAAAGUAACUACCAAAGUUAAUGUUUAUUUAUCUUUAAAACUUUUGCUUGUUAUUAAACAUAG